UAAAUGAGCAACUAAAAUUUUUAAAAUAUUUGAAUUCCAAUAAAUGGCUGAUUUUUUUUAGAUUACCAUCUAAAUUUAUAUCCAACAAAAUGUAGUUGAAAAGUAUAAUAACUAAAUUUUAAGAAUUUGAUCAAUAAAUAAACGAAAUAAUGAGAGAUAAAAGAAAAAGAACAUUAACCAUUAAGCAAUUCAUUUGUUUUAUUUAAUAGAAACUGAGUACGUAAGGCUGUUUUUAAACUGUAUAAUUUUUAGCUUAUUUUUUUGAUCUAUCAUUUUUCAUUCUUUCUUUUUCUUCUUUUUGUUUUUUUCUUUAUUUUUAACUUUUUAGUUAUUUAGUGAUGACCGCUGGAUUUCUCCACCCCGGUCUGAGGCCAGACCCAUAAUGACAGCCCAUUACUUGAAGGCCAUCAAGUCCCCCACAUGAACCAGGUCCAGUCCGCUCAGCCUAAAGACCGGGCUCCAUCUAGAUUUUUUAGUCAGGCCGGCCCAGUCUUUUCGGCCCAAAGAUCAGAUCUCCUCUGGGCUCAGUCCUAAUCUCAUCUUUCGGCCCAGCCCGGAGGAAAGAAGGUGGCCAGGCCGUCCGCGUGCGUGCCGGGGGGAAUUAAAUGGCCGUUAGGAUGUCGCAGAGGCCUGAUUCUUCCGGACAUACGUAUCAACAUGGCAGAGACAGGUGGCCCAAUGACGAGAAAUUUGUUAUACGUCACUAGCAGGCAAAAGAAACGAAUAAAAGGGGAGGGGCAUCCUUCUCUCGAACUAAGCUUACAGAACCCUUGUAAAACCCUAUUUACUGGAUCUCAGAUUAUCAAUUGUCGCCGUCUGUGGAAACGAAGGAGAUCUUUUCGUCGCCGGAGUUCCACUCUUACAAUAUCCACUGAGAUCCACAAUGGCCAACCAUAAUGAAAACAACCUUGCUAAUAUCCCUAAUGACCUGAGCUCUGCUCAGGAGGGACAACAGUUCUUUUUUUCCAGUCCCACAACCCCAAACAACCAACCACCAAUCCCCUUCAACCCCUCGCCGAGCUUGGCAGGGAAUGUUCCCUGAGCAACUUUGUCCAACCAGGACCUCCAAACCAUGGCUCAUCAACUACAAAACAAUGCCCACUAGCUGGGGCAGAUAAUGCAAUAGAGGGGCCUUAGCACCCUAGUGAAUGUGACGCCGGUGGUAGAAGAACCUCGAACCAAUGAACCCUAGCCUACCUUUAACCAUCCCCAAACAAACAGUAGAGAAACCGGAGAAAGGAGAAGGGCCGGGGGAGAAGAAGAACCGGAGGCGAGAGUUCAUGGAAGAAGGGUGAGGGAGUUGAUAGAGAACGAUGAGGCAGAUAGUUAUGCUGCCGGGACAACUAGAAGGACGAGAAGUGAAGCAUGGGAGGAGGGAUGUCGCCUGAAGAAGAGGACCAGGCAAGAAGAGGAAGAAAGUGUGGAUCAGAAACUGCAGAGAAUGAGGGAGCAACUCUUGGUUGAGCUGGGGGCGAAGGACCCCAACCAAGCUCUCUUGCCUACCUCUUCGCCUUUCUCGAAAUGGGUGCAGUAGGAGACCGUACCCAAGAAGUUUAUAAUGCCACCCAUGGCAGCUUAUGACGGAGUGGGAAAUCCAAGAGAGCAUGUCCUCAACUACAAGACCUUUAUGGAGCUGCAGAUUCUAUCGGAUGCCUUGAUGUGCAAGGUAUUCCCCACUAUGCUCAUGGGGCCGGCAUGGGCGUGGUUUAACAGCUUGGAGGCUGGAAGUAUCAGAAGUUUCGGGGACCUGGCCAACGCCUUCAUCACCCGGUUCAUAGCCGGUGUGCCAGCGAAUAGAAAGACCAGUUACUUGGAGACGGUCAGGCAAAGAAGAGACAAAUCGCUCAGGGAGUAUGUUGCCCAUUUCAACACGGAGGCCCCACAGAUCCCCGAGCUGGAUGAGGGCAGAGCGGUGGAGGCAAUGCAGAAGGGGACGACCUCGCCAGAGUUCUUUGGCUCGUUGAGUAGGAAGCCUCCCACCUCGCUGGCAGAGCUGAUGAAGAGGGCGGAGAAGUGUAUAAGGCAGGAUGACGGCUUGGUGACGAGCAGAUUUGCCAAAGGAGUGGCAGACAGGGGGAAAGUCCCGGAAGAAAGGAGGCCAGAGAGGCAUGAUAAAAAGCCAAGCAAGAGACCUGAGCCGUACAAACAGCCCUGGGAUCAAAGGGACCAGAGACCUUUCUCCCCUUGGGUCCCAGAACAAAGAACCUUCCCUCCGCGGAUUCCAGAGAACCUGACUCCACUCAACGCCUCUAGAGCGGAGCAAACCAGUGAGAUCCUAACAAGUAUUGUCAGUAUCAUCGCACCCACGGCCAUGACACCAAUAACUGCUACCAGCUGAUUAGUGAGAUCAAAAGGCUGAUAAAGAGGGGACACCUCAGGAACUUUGUGAAGAAGCCGGAGGCAGAAAGGCCUCAGCCGAACCCAGCAGCACAAACACCCAGGAGGACGGGAGUAGGACCGAUGAAUGAUGGUUCUAGUGGGGCCAUCAACAUGAUUGUCGGAGGAACCGGAGGUCGGAUGAGCCGAAGGGGAAAGAAGGGAGGCCGAGAUGGGGAAAACAGCAGCGCCGAGGUCAUGCAGGUAGUUGAGCACUCUCCAGUGACCAUCACCUUCUCUCCGGAGGAUGUCCAGGGUGUUCAGAUGCCUCAUGACAAUGCCCUUAUUAUUGAAGCCGUCAUCCACAACUACCGGGUUAAGAAGAUCUUGGUGGAUGACGGAAGUAAGGUGAAUUUGUUACCGUACAGGGUCUUUUAGCAGAUGGGAAUCCCUGAAGAGCAGUUGGUUCGGGACCAGGCCCCGGUCAAAGGGAUCAGAGGAGUCCCAGUGCCUGUAGAGGGGAAAGUAAAGCUGGCUCUCACUCUAGGAGAAGCGCCCAGAACUCGCACUCAUUAUAUGGUGUUUUUAGUAGUCAGACUCCCCCUGAGCUACAUCGCAAUACUAGGAAGACCUGCGCUGUUCGACUUUGAGGCCGUAACCAACAUUAGAUAUCUGGCUAUGAAAUUUCCAACAGAAGCAGGAAUGGGAGUAGUAAAAGGAAGCCAGGAAGAGGCAAGAGCAAUGUAUCUGGCCGCAGUAUCAGAGCCGAGCUCGACUCGGAAGUUCGGGAGGUCCGAGACGAGAAAAAAGAGGCCAGAACAGAGCAUGUCGGAGAGCUGGAGACCUUUCCCUUAUCAGAAGCACAGACAGAUAAGGUCUUCAGUCUUAACGUCGGCCUCACUGAAGAGCAGAAAACGAAAGUCAUGGCCCUGAUCCGAGGUCACGCGUCAAGCUUCGCCUGGGAGCCUUCUGACAUGUCCAGGAUUGAUCCUGAAGUGAUGACACACAGGCUGAAUGUCCUCCUAGAGGCCAGGCCGGUGAAGCAGAAGAAGAGGGUGGUAGGAAGGGAGAAGCAACAGGCCACCAGGGAGGAGGUACAAAAGCUUGAGGAGGCAGGAUUUAUUAGGGAGGUUAUGUACCCACAGUGGCUAAUAAAUCCUGUAUUAGUAAAAAAAGCCAAUGGCAAAUAUAGGAUGUGUAUAGAUUUUACAGACCUCAAUCAAGCAUGCCCUAAAGAUUGUUACC